AUGAUAGAGCAAAAGAAUAUCGGCUUUAAUCAAGAUGGAUCAAAUACCAAUUCUCAAAAUAAGUCAUCAAAGAAACGAUAUAGGGACUUAAAACGUCUCCUAAGUAGAGAGAAUUUGCAAAUCCCACAAGAAGCUAGGGAAUCAUUACAAUUAGAAUUUAAGAAACUCGAAGAUAUUAUGGCUAGAGGUGGAAAAUCAAAUCAUGAAAAGAAAAUUGCACGUUAUCUUGAAUAUAGAAGAAAUAGAGACAAAAAAAUGAGAUUUACAGAAUUAGUGAAGGUUAAAAGGCAGCUAAAUAGGAUUCAACACAAAUUAGCAGAUUUGAUUGGCAAUAAUAAUUUUUCAACGGACUCUCAGGAGUUAGAUAAACUUAAGAGUGAAAUGAUUAAAUACUCUAAAUUACAAGAUUAUAUCAGACUUUAUAAUUAUUCAAAACAGAAGUGGUAUAUACCAUUAUUCCCUAGUACACAACUUGAUGAUAAUAUAACACAAAAACGUGAUUAUUUGAUUGAAGAAAUACAAAAAAUAAAGAAAGAAUUAAGAAUUAGAAAAAUGAAACCCUAUACAAAGUAUGGUCAUAAAGAAAAGGAUAUAUUUCUUAUUUUUGAUGAAGGUAAAAAUAUUGAAGAUAGUAAAUUAGCUGAGUCUGAAAUUAUGAAUAAAGAUGAAAGUUCUGUAAAUUAUAAAGGAAAUAAGAUUAAUUAUAUUAUAAAGGAUUCUAAUGUACAAGUUAAUAAGUUACAAAAAAAAGUAAAUAAAAGAUUGGAUAAGGUAGAUAAAAAGAAAACAUUUAGAGAUGAAAACCCUAAACCAAUGAAAAUGAAUAAAAAUGAAGGAAAACAGAAUACUCAUAUAGUAUUUGAAGACUCAGAUUAA